AUGGCGCCUCCCAAACAAACAGUAUCUGCUUCGGCCACCGUCCCAUUCAUAUACAGUCUCCUCCUCACGACACUAGAGCCACUGUUCGCAGCCAACGGCGCCAUUCUCGUCUUCCGCACACCAGGGGACUAUCUCUCUACAAUGACGCGACACGGCGCCGCGUUCACAGCCGGAUCGACAUUCUUGUACACCUCACUGGGCGGCAGCUGGCUGUACUUUGCGUUCGUGGAGGCCGUUGUCCUGCGCGCGUACGACGACCUGCGGCUCUGGCGACUUCUCUGUGCGGGCAUGUUGCUCAGCGAUGUGGCCUUUUGCCAUUCUGCGGCGCAGGCGGUCGGGGGGUGGGCGAGGUGGUUGGACUUGGGGGCCUGGACGAUGGAUGACCACUUGGUGUUUUGGGGGACGGCGCCUUUUGUUCUUGUGAGGGUGUUGCUUGUGCUUGGUGUUGGGGUGAAGGCUGUGGAUGGGAGGAAGGUGGUUUGA